CAAUCGCAAGGAGCAAUGCUGAAAAGUGAGCCCUGCGUGGGGACGGCGGACUUCUGCCGGGCCCAGGUGAGGAAGGCCCACCUGAGUCCGGGGUGAGAGUAUCCCCGGGCUCUCUGGGGCUAGAGGAAUCCUGAACUCGUGGAUUACCCAUAUAUACUCUCAGACAUGCUUUAGAUGAUAUUUUCUGGAAGCCUUGCAACUGCCUUAAAAAUUGAAUGUAUUGUAUAACAGACCUAUGGUGAAGCGACUUCCAGUCAUUUGGAAAGGAUGGGAUGAAAAGGAACCUUGGUGAUAAUUUUGAUGUCUGCAAGAUUUAGUACCAGUGUAAUGGGAUUAUCGGUAACACCUUCACUGCAGAAAAAGCCACCUGGCGCUAUAACUGGCAGCAACUGAGAACUAAUCCUUUCCCAUCUCUUGGAUGUCAUUCAUGAAGCUCAAAGCGAUUUCUACCCCGCUAACUGUGAUUAAUUUUAUAAACAACAACAACAAAAAAUCAGGCCAAUGGUGGCAGAGUCUGCAUAGAACUAUGCUUCGUGGUGUUCUGGGAAAAACCUUUCGACUUGUUGGCUAUACUAUUCAGUAUGGCUGUAUAGCUCAUUGUGCUUUUGAAUACGUUGGUGGUGUUGUCAUGUGUUCUGGACCAUCAAUGGAGCCUACAAUUCAAAAUUCAGAUAUUGUCUUUGCAGAAAAUCUUAGUCGACAUUUUUAUGGUAUCCAAAGAGGUGACAUUGUGAUUGCAAAAAGCCCGAGUGAUCCAAAAUCAAACAUUUGUAAAAGAGUAAUUGGUUUGGAAGGAGACAAAAUCCUCACCAGUAGUCCAUCAGAUUUCUUUAAAAGCCAUAAUUAUGUGCCGACAGGUCAUGUUUGGUUAGAAGGUGAUAAUCUACAGAAUUCUACAGAUUCCAGGUAUUAUGGACCUAUUCCAUAUGGACUAAUAAGAGGACGUAUCUUUUUCAAGAUUUGGCCUCUGAGUGAUUUUGGAUUUCUACGUGACAGUCCUAAUGGCCACAGAUUUUCUGAUGAUUAGCAUUUAUUCUUUUGACUAUUCUCUCCUAUUCAAGUGAAUUUAUUAUUGCCACUGAAACCAUGUACUUACUAAUAAACUAUUUGCUAUUUAGUUUUAGUCAUUUUUAAUUGUUAAAUGUAAAGAAUAAGCGACACAAACCACAAGCUCUAUUAGUUCCAAAUAGAUGGAUAAAAAUGUAAUCCAAAAUAAGUUAUCUAUAUUUUGUGAUAUAAAAAGAUUUUUAAGGAAAAAACCUGGAUGACAACCUCACUUUUGAAUUUUUGGUUUUAUAGCUAUGAGUCAUCUUUUCUUGAAUAUGCCUUGUACUUUUGCUACAUUUACAAGUCAGAGUAGUAACCAGUCUUGUAAGUACAAAACAAUGGUAAAUACCAUGAGUUCGACCUAAUAAAAAGCUGUUUAGUCACA